UGUUGCUGCUGCUGCUGGAACACAGACCCGCCGCCAAAGCCACCGUUCCUCCGCUGCUGAAACGGUCCGCGGGCGAGGUUGAACUCGCAAUACUGAUGAACAUGACCUUUCUCUCCACAGCAGCUGCAUUGGUGCUGCUGCUCGGGAGGGGGAGAAGCGGGAGGGCGCGUGCGUUCGUUGGGCACCAGCUGCUGCUGAUGCUGGUACCGGCUGUGCCCUGUAAGGACACGGUUGCGGCGGCUGCUCUGCUGCUGCACUCCUCUCGUCACCUGCUGGUGGUGUCCAACGUACCACACAUGCACCGGUCGCCCCGGUGGUCAAGUGGGUAG